UGACACUGUCCGACCAGCUUCAGCCGACGUCUUUGUAACGUUUUUGGCUUUUGUUCAGAUGUCGGUUUGCACAUUUCAGACCAAAACGCAGGAAUUUGUUGGUGAUCCAUAUAACCCCAACUUUUGAACUCCAUGGAUCACACAGGUCCUACCACCUCACAGCUUACAGCAUUUAUAGGAUCUACUGCAAACAUCUUGGUGUCAGAUACCACAAUAAACCUUCAGGAGUGUAGUGGUGUCCAGGACCAACGCACUAUUAUUAGUUGGCUGGUCAUAAUGUUACGUGUAAAUAUUGUAAGAGCAAAAAAAAACACAAACAUCUCUUUGUUGGACCUGAUUGGUCAGGAUACUGAACUGGGCAGAGCCUUCUCUACUGUAUUGAAUGAGCUGGUAAAAAUAGGAGUCGGUCUCAGCUGGUACUGGGGAGAGAGGGAUAACUCAGACUAUCGGCCAGCCUCCUGAGCUUGAGAGUUAGCUUACCCACUGAGGUUAAACAUCACCAUCACUCUGCCAGCAUGGAGAUGUCAAGUCCAGCGUAAUGUUCUGCCAAUGGUUGGCCUGGGCUCCAUGGCUCACUCAGCGGGUCUUGUGGAGAUCGCAGUGCGACUGUGCUUGAACCAGCGUGAACACUUGUGUCCCCACGUGUGGGUUCCCAUCUUGAAGCCUCAGCGGCCCUGCAUCCGACCCCCGGCAACAGAUCAGCUCCCCGUCUACGUCGCCAACCAUCUGAGUCACCCCUUCUCACCUUUCUUGAGUGACCUGGAAGAUGAUUAUGAUGAUGGCGACAUUUUGAUACCGGUCAAGAACAGACGUGUGGUAUUUGCGGACAAGCUGGGUUUCUCCCUGACGGCCGUGCGUGUGUUUUCCCACGAGGAGGAUCAGCGUGACCUGGGCCCACUGCCCUCCCUGCAGGGUUUGGGGAGCAUGACGGGGGACGGAUACAGCUGCACCGUCAGCACCUGCUGCCCGGGGACGCAGCUCAAGCUGGGCUUCCCGCAGCCCUCGCUGGACUUCCAGUCCUUCCGAGCCAAGCUCGCCGAGAGCAUGGUCACCCUGGAAAACUGCGCCGUCACCGAACAGGCCCUGCAAGGCAGCGCGCGAGUCAGAAACCUCAGCUUCCAGAAGGACGUGCGCGUGCGCAUCACCUUUGACUCCUGGUACAGCUACAGGGACGUCCCCUGCACGUACCUGCAGAAACGCUUCGGAGGACCCCAGACAGACAUCUUUGAAUUUGAUAUAGCGAUUCCUAAAGUGUUGGACGCCAAGAGGAAGAUAGAGUUUUGCCUAAUGUAUCUGCCCGCAGGGCACAGAGAGCCAUUUUGGGACAACAACGACGGGCAGAACUACAGCAUCUUGGUGUGUGUGAAUUCACAUCUCUGCCAGGGGAAAAGCGAAAGGGAAUGAGAAGUAGCUGAAUAUGCCGUCGCUAUUUAGCUUCUUCUUCAUAUAAUAACGUACUUUUCUAGCUUGAAAGUGUUUGUUUUUGUGCUUUGUUCAAAUAAAUCUCCGUUCUUCCA